AGCAGACUGACAACCAUUGACCUCUACGAGGCACCCCCUGAACCAUCUUACUGCUCUCCAAGGCGCCCGCCAGCAAACACCACAAGCCCAACAUACCUUAGGCGGAGACAGCCUAAUCGGCAUGCGGCGGCAAAAGCAGCCCACCCGCCAACUCCGAGGCAGCACAAAUCCGGA